UUUGUAGCAGAAAUGGCAGAAGAAGAGAAUGAGAUUGAGGUUGAAGAAGAGUUCUCUGUUUGGAAGAAGAACACUCCUUUGUUGUACGAUCUUUUCAUUUCUCACCCUCUUCAAUGGCCUUCUCUUACUGUUCACUGGCUUCCCUCCUUUCCUCAACCAUACUCUUACCCUUCCUUCAAUCUCCACAAGCUUCUCCUCGCCACUCACACUGCCGAAGGCGAACCCAACUUCCUUAUGCUUGCUGAUGCCUCCCUCCCCGUAAACACAUCACAACCUAUCAUCGCCGUCGAUCCUCUAAAUCCCGUUCUUCCGAAGAUAGAGAUUACCCAGAGGAUUCCCGUUGAUGGGGAGGUGAAUCGAGCGCGUUCUAUGCCGCAAAACCCCAGUAUUGUUGCCGCUAAGACUUGUAAUAGUGAGGUUUAUGUGUUCGAUUUUAACAAGCAACGAGGGCUUGGUUGUGAUCCUGAUUUGAGGUUGAGGGGUCAUGAUAAAGAAGGUUAUGGUUUGUCUUGGAGCCCUUUUAAGAAUGGGUACCUUCUGAGUGGUUCACAUGACCAUAAGAUUUGCUUGUGGGAUGUACCGGCUGCAUCUCAAGAGAAUGUGCUCGACGCGCUUCACGUUUUUGAGGCUCAUGAAAGUGUGGUUGAAGAUGUAUCCUGGCAUAUGAAGGAUGAAAAUUUAUUUGGGUCCGUUGGAGAUGAUUGCAACUUGAUAAUUUGGGACUUGAGGACAAACAAAGCCCAGCAAUCAGUCAAACAACAUGAGAGGGAGGUGAACUUUCUUUCUUUCAAUCCAUAUAAUGAAUGGAUUCUGGCUACAGCAUCUUCAGACACCACCGUUGGUCUCUUUGAUACACGGAAGCUGACAGUGCCGCUGCAUUUUUUAAGUAGCCACACAGAUGAGGUAUUCCAGGUGGAGUGGGAUCCUAAUCAUGAGACCGUGUUGGCAUCUUCUGCUGCUGACAGAAGGCUGAUGGUUUGGGACCUUAACAGGGUUGGGGAUGAGCAGAUAGAGGGAGAUGGCGAGGGUGGUCCUCCGGAACUACUCUUCUCUCAUGGGGGGCACAAAGGGAAAAUAUCAGAUUUUUCAUGGAACAAAAAUCAGCCAUGGGUUAUCUCAAGUGUAGCUGAAGACAAUUCUUUCCAUGUCUGGCAAAUGGCUGAAAGCAUUUACAAUGAUGGGGAUGAUGAUGACGUGUUGACGGCUAAUGACCAAUACUAACUAGACAAAGGUUCGAAGGCGAAGCUUUUACUAUCAUUGCUUCGUUGGUUUUUCUCUAUGUUUCGGAACCAUUUAACUUUUACUACAGUUGCUUUUUAGUUUUAUGCGAAGGUAUUGCGACCAUUUAACAGUUGGAACAGUGAUGGUAUCCAUUGCCGGACAUGAAUUCUCUUUUAUAUCCAGACUAGAUCUUUGAA